AUGAGUUCCUCUGAUAUGAAUAUUAUAGAAAAGCUUAGGCAUGAGAAUUUGGAACAAUUCUUUACUUUAGUGCGUAUGCAUUUAUCCUUUGUUGUUGAUAUCAACACGGACGAUGUCGAUUGUUCGACUGAUAAACCAAAGCAAUUUAGGUGGAAUUUUCCAAAGAAAACAAAAAAUGUUAGUUCCAAUUCUAGUCAUAAUAUUGCUAAUAACACAAAGAAAGCUGAAGAAACAAACUCAAUUACUGAAGAUGGGAUAUUGAAACUGUAUGAACUAAUAGAAUUUUUGUCUAAGCCUGAUAAUGUAACACAAGAAGGAAUAUUUCGUCGUACUGGAUCACUAAGUAGGCAGCAGGAAUUACGUCAGUUACUUCUUACAGGAUCAAGUCUUGGACUUGAUGAUGGAAAGUUUUCUGUACAUGACUGUGCUUCCGUCCUUAAAGGAUUCUUGGCAGAAUUACCCCAACCAUUAUUAAUGGAUCAGUAUUAUCAAACUUAUUGUACUUUAGCAGCCCAAUAUCCUCCAAAUGUGGAAUCGUCAGAAAUAAAACUACUAACUGCUCUACAGUUGCUUUUGUUACUUCUAACACCAUCUCACAGGAACUUUCUGGAAAGAUUACUCAGUUUGUUACAUUUGGUUGCGGAUAAUGAAGCAAGUAACAGAAUGUCGCCGGAUACAUUGGCCACUAUGUUCACGCCACACUUACUAUGUCCUAGAAAGCUAUCGCCAGAAACGUUUCACGCGGACUCCAUAGCUCUAUCCCCAGUGAUAAGCUUCAUGAUCCGUCAGUCUGCACGUCUGUUCGAAGCUCCUAAACGGCUGGCAACUGACGCGACCGCCUACUUUACACUGCGUGAGAGGAGACGCGCUAUGUCACCAGAUGUGGAUUUGGAUGAGAGUAUUAGUGAUAGAACAGCAGCAAAUACCGUAUACACAUUCGUAGACCGUCACAGAACUACAGAAGAGAACGCCACAAACCCAACGGACACGGCGCUCGCUAAGCUAUAUGCUCACAUCCAGGCGUUGCCCGACUCUCAGCACAAACGACGGCUUGUGAAGCAUUUCAAUAGGCAGAAUGGCUAUGGAACUCCAAUUCAAAUACAAAGAACAGGUAAAGUAGCGGGUUCUAGAAGUUUCGGAGACUCCAUCAAAAGGCAUAUAUUUAAUAAGGGCUUAUUGAAUAAAACACCAAAGAAAGGAUUUGUCACUACCAUCAAUACUGUGGAAGAGAAGAGCAAAAACAAAAAACACACAGACGAUAACAAAAUCGAUGUGACACACAAAAAUAUUGUUUUGAAAAACUUAGCGAAUAAAAUAGCGAGUACGGAAUCGAUAGACGAGUACGAUUCCGACUCGAGUACUCUAUCGGAAGGCGCUUUGAAUAAAUCGAGAAAAUUAAGUCCGAAAUUCGUAUCCGAACCGAACUUAAGUGUUCUAGCCAAUGAAGAAACACCGAAGAAUACGAAAAAACGGUUAUUUAGAUCGAAACUAACCCAAAAUGUGAGCAAAAAGUAUCAAAAACGCGCAAUUCGCACUACACCUACUUGCGUUUCGUGCGUGGAUCAAGAUUCGGAGGAGAGCUACAAAAAUUUCGAUACGCCAAAGAAAAAUGGACCCUCAGACAAUGAUUUAGAGUUUAAAAUGCAUUAUUUAACAAGUACGCCAGGGAUUGCCGAUUUUGAAGAAGAUUGUGAAACGCCAUAUACAGUGCAUUUUAGGAGAGCCUCCAUGUCACCGAUAACGAAGUCAACGCAGAAACUGUCGAAAGCUAUGCAGGAAUCAAUAAUGACGCCAAGAUCUCGAAAACCUCUAAUAAUAACUUGUGAACAACGCGACUUGCCGGAGACAGUUGAACAGAAGGACGUAUCAGUUAAAUCUGACUUAUAUCAAUCUUUAUCGCCAAAGAACGACAGUGAUUUCGUCUCGUCUGAUGACGAUAUAUCUCGAUCGACGUUUCUAAGUGAGAGAUCGACUCAUUCAGCCAGCGCAUCACUACGAAUAAAUAAUCCAUCAGAAACCAGAUCCAAUUCUGUAUCCGACAUAAGUCCUUUACGAUCAGGUGCUACUCGAUUCGUCAUUAGCCACGAAAAAAGGAAAAUAGAUGACCUAAAUACAACAUUAUGUGAAGAAAGCUUAAUACCAAAAAUUAAAAUAACCCAUGAUAUAACAAAUAUCCAACCAAAAUCUCUUUCUGAACCCUUUCGAGAAUAUUUAUUAAGCAGAUCCGUGUUAACAGCAACUCCAGUCGAUUUAUCGAUUUUAAAUAAAACUGAAGAUGAUAAAUUAACCGAUUCACUCCUAUAUUGUCUCGAUGGUAACGUUCCAUCCAAUUUAACGUCAUCUAUAAGUAAUUUAGUAGUCGAUUCGAAUUUAUCAGGUUCAAGAUCACCACUAAAGAAUAUAAAUAAUUUGAAUUUAGAAUUAAGUCCGAGUAGAAAGAGAUGCGCAAGUUCAUCGGGCGAGACAGAUAAUAAAAAAAUAAUGUUCGAAAAAGAAAACUUUGAAUUGCGUGAGACUGAACUU